UGGAAGUGGACACACUGUUUUUUGAAUCACCCCAAAUGAAAUUUCAACCCCAGAACACUAAGAUGGAUGAUAUUCCAGAAGAACCAGAAGAGACACAUGAUAUUGCUCAUCCUUCCAUUGUGCCCCUUAAAGAAGCUGUGGAAAACAGUAAGAAAGAUGUCAGCAAUGGGAAACCUAAAUUUGUUACUGUGCAUUAUUCUCGUACAGCCAGUUGGGACCAAGCGCAAGUCACCAAUGUACCACAGGAUGGUGCAAAGAGAAGUAAAGAAGGACUCAGUGUUGUUUAUUCUGAGCUGGCCAAACAGCAGUAAUGAAUGAAGCCAAAUUCUUUCAACACAUGUUAAAUUAUUUUGAGGAGUACACCACAUGUCCAGAUGUCUUAGGUACAGUGUUAGUAAAGACAUACAACUUAACACCGGUGUAGAUUUAUAUUCAACAUUAAAAGCUCAAUUUAGUUUGUUUUUAUAUUAUAUUGUUUGCUGUGUUGUAAUUAAAAUCAUGGAUCGUACAUGAUCUGCCCCUUUAGAGCACAGAUGAAAUUUGUCUGACAUCCUUCAGUAUAAAUGUAGAAAUCUGAUAUAUACAUGUCCAUCUCCAUCACUAAAACCAGAUGUACUUAUGACCAAGACUAUUAUAGUAAAU